UACCCAGGAUUCCAAACGUCUCAAAUGGAUUCAAUCGGCGAUGGUGGAUUGUUUCUUUUGUCCAAUAGCUCAAUUUUCAGCUUCGGCUUUGUCCCAGCCUCCGAUCCUACUCUAUUCUCAUUAGCUGUGGUUCAUUUCGUCAGUGGGACCAUAGUAUGGGCCGCAAAUAACGACGCACUGGUCACGAAUUUUGAUACUUUUGACUUCGAUGAGAAUGGCAAUGCGUUUCUACAGAAAGCAGGAAGCACUGUGUGGUCGACGAAUACCAGUGGGAUAGGAGUUUCCGCAAUGGAGUUGCAGGAUUCAGGAAAUCUGGUUUUGCUUGGGAAGGAAAGUACAGUGGCUUGGCAGAGUUUUGACUAUCCUACCGAUACGCUAUUAUUGAACCAAGAUUUCACGCAAGGGAUGCGGCUCGUGAGCCGGGGGUUCAAGAACUUGACCUACACUCUCGAGAUUAAAUCUGGCGACAUGAUCCUUUCUGCCGGUUAUAAAACGCCUCAACCUUAUUGGUCGAUGGGGAAGGACUUAAGAAAAGUGAAGAACAAAAAUGGCGGUCCCGUAGCCUCUGCCACGAUGGUCGCAAAUUCAUGGAGAUUCUACGAUGAGAACAGAACUUUGCUGUGGCAAUUCCUCUUUUGGAAUUAUACCGAACCUAACGACACUUGGAUCGCUGUCCUAGGGAAGGACGGGAUCAUCUCAUUUUCCAGCUUGAGCAGUGAAAGAUCGACUAAUGCUUCUCCCGUGGAAAUACCAAUUGAUGACACAUGCAGCACGCCUGAAUCUUGCGACCCGUUUGAAGUCUGUUAUAAUGGGAGUGAUUGUCGAUGUCUCUUAGCCCUCGAUUCUCAUCCAAAUUGUGGUUCAGGGCUGGGUUAUCCUUGCGAUCACUCAAAGGCUUCAAUUGAUCUUGUUGAUGCUGGGGAGGGAAUCGGGUAUUUUGCGCUCGAGUUUGUCUCACCCUCGCUGAAUGCCGAUCUCAAUGGAUGCAAAACCUCUUGCCUGGAUAAUUGUUCAUGUCUCGCAAUAUUUUAUGAGAAUAGUUCUGGAGGUUGUUACUUGUUUGACAGUAUUGGGGCCUUGCAGAGCUCUGAUCAGAAUUCUGGAUUUGUCUCUUACAUUAAGGUGUUAACCGGGGGUGGUAAGAAUGGCGGGAAAUCUCAAGACAGCAGACGCAACGAGAAACGUUUGUUAUAUGCUGGCCUAUUUCCUGUUUCCACUUUCUUCCUUGUUCUUGGUCUGAUCUGUGCCGGAUUCAGAUAUUCCAAGGCAAAGCGGACAUUGCCCGAAGCUGCUCAAGAGACUGCGGAGGAGGACAACUUUCUCAGCAGUUUAUCGGAAAUACUGGUUCGUUUCAGGUAUAAAGAGCUUCAAGAUGCGACUAACAACUUUUCCAUGAAGCUAGGGCAAGGCGGGUUUGGCUCAGUGUACCAAGGUGUCCUACCAGAUGGGACGAGAUUGGCUGUGAAGAAAUUGGAAGGCAUCGGCCAGGGAAGGAAAGAGUUUCGAGCCGAAGUACACAGCAUCGGAAGCAUCCAUCAUCACCACUUGGUCAGGCUGAAGGCCUUUUGCGAGGAAGGAACUCACCGGCUUCUAGCAUACGAGUACAUGGCGAACGGGUCUCUCGAUAAAUGGAUCUUUAAGAAAGACAAGGAAGGCAUGUUAGAUUGGGAAACACGAUAUAAAAUUGCAAUUGGAAUGGCAAAAGGACUGGCCUACUUACACGAAGAAUGUGAUGUGAAGAUUGUUCACUGCGAUAUAAAGCCAGAAAACGUGCUUUUGGAUGACAAAUUUAAAGCCAAAGUCUCGGAUUUCGGAUUGGCUAAGCUAAUGACAAGAGAGCAGAGCCGUGUUGUUACGAUGCUCAGAGGCACGAGAGGUUACCUCGCGCCGGAGUGGAUAACCAGCUGUGCCAUAUCUGAGAAGAGCGAUGUCUAUAGUUACGGGAAGGUUCUGUUUGAGAUAAUUGGCGGAAGAAGGAACUACAACCCCGAGGAAACAUCGGAGAAAUCCUAUUUCCCCCUCUAUGCUUUCAAGAUGAUGGAAGAAGGGAAGCUGAGAGAGAUACUUGAUCCAGGUCUUGAGAUCAAUGAAAGAGAUGAGACGGUUUCUAUUGCUAUUAAAGUUGCAUCAUGGUGCAUACAAGAAGAUAUGAACCUGAGGCCGUCAAUGUUAAAAGUCGUCCAAAUGCUUGAAGGUGUCUUUCCGGUUCCUCAGCCGCUGACUUCUUCCCCACAAGGUUGUGGAUUUUUUCCGAGGUUUUUCAAGCCAGAAGACCACAGCAACACAACUCUUUCAGCGGUUCAGCUUUCAGGUCCGAGGUAACAGCAAGUUGUACGUCCUCGGGAAUUUUUCUGCAGGGAAGGAUGAUCACAGUUUUUCCUCCUUGCUGUGUGUAGCAAGUGCUUCCAGAAAUUCAAGCACAACUAGUUGAUGAUUCAACUAUGACAGUGACCAGAGAGAAGAAAAAAAAAUAUGACAGUUGAUGCAUUGAACCAAAUUACAUGGCUAGAGUGUGCAUGGUCUGUU